CCCUCCCUCCCCGGAGCAGGGGGCCUCGCGGGGCAGUUAGUGAGGGAUGGCCGCAGCAGCGCCAUGGAGUGGGAAUUCAACUUACUCCUCUACCUGGCGCUUUUCUUCCUUCUGCUGUUCCUGCUUUUCCUGCUCCUCUUCGGGGUCAUCAAGCAGCUGAAGAACUCCGUGGCGAGCACCGGCGCCCUCCAGCCCGGGCGCCCCUCCUUACGAGAGCCCUGGGGCUUCUGCCGCGAGCAGACCUUGUGA